CCUGCAUAUUGUAAUGCAGCGUUGAAUGGAUGAAUAGCUUACAUAAGGGUACCCAGCACUUUUCAGACCACACUCAAGCUUAUGGUUAUUGUCCCCACCACUUCUAAAAACAAACUGACGCCCUUGCCUUCCCUGACGUAGUGUAAUGUGACGGUAAGGUAGUGGUCUUGACUGAAACUGGUCCAAGCAUCUUUGAUUGCUGCAUUUGUGACAUGUUUCAGGUCUGUGAUCAGAUUGCUCUUUUCAACCCCAUACCAAGCAGGAAUCAGAUGAUUUGUUAAACUGUCUCUGUUUGGGGCUUUUGUAUUUUUACCACAAACUUAGUCACUGCUCGGUGACAUUCGUUUAUCCUCGCCUCGAUCAUUUUAUUUCUCCCUGCCUCUGUGAACGGAGUAGCUAGAGGUGCACGAGAGCUACUUGCUGUAGACGUCUCUGAGCCGGUGUAAUGGCCCGGCCAGACUACACGAUUUCAGCCCGAUUUUGCCCCGAUUCUUUCUUCGCAGACGAAUUUGCGAAUCGUACACGAUUUUGAGGAGUAGGCGACGAGAUGAGGUCUUGUAAUGUGACAUGCUUGCGAUCUGCGAUGUUUUCGUCUGCGACGUUCGAAAACCCCACGACGAAAUGUUUGGCAUGUCAGAAUUUUUUGGGGAAUCGCAUGACGUAUACACUGUUGACAUGAGGGAACCACGCCCCCAGUUGCGUGAGGGAAUCCCGCGAACAGCUGGAGCUCACGCGCAGUGUUUACCAACUGCCUUCACUGCACUACGCUGAUUAGGAGUAACAACCGCAAAAAUGAAUUUGAUCAAGAAGAAUGCUAACAAAGAAAACAAGAGAAAAUGGAGCAACACUAUGGAGACAACCUUGGUGGAAAUGUGGCAGCAACGUCCAUGCAUUUUCGACGUGUCCUCAAAGGACUUUCACGAUAGGGUGAAAAGGGAUAAAGCCUGGCGAGAAAUAGCCGACACCCUUGACCUACCUGUUGUAGAGAUAACAACUAGAGCUGCGUCUCUGCGGACACAGUUUGGCAAACUGCUCCAUCCCAAACCAAGUGGGAGUGGACAGAAGGAUGUCACCCUGACCCCACGACAGAAGUGGAUCUGUCAGAGUAUGUUUUUUUUGCGGGCACACAUAGCGCAUAGACCAUCACAAACAACACUGAAUUUUGAUGACAGUCAACAAGAGGCCACAGAAAGCAGUGAGGAAGAGACAGAGGCUGAGGGCCCCCCAGCUAUUACCAACCCACCACCACCAUUCCCACCUAGACCUCCACCUGUCCAGGAGUCCAGAGCCCAGAGAAAAAAACGAAAGCCUACAAGGGACGUGGAGAUGGAGAUGGAGAAGGUGGACAUUCUUCGGAAUGUCUCAAAAACUUUGCUUGCCGCAGGCCAAGAUGUGGAGGAUAUUUUUGGGAAGCAGGUGGCUUGUGAGCUUAAACAUGUGCAGGACAGAACUACACGCUUGAGACUACGCCGAAACAUAAUGUUAAUGCUCUAUGAUGCCCAGGAGAAUGAGCAGAGAACAGCUAACCCUGCUCAAACUUCUUGGCCAGAGCAGAGCACAGGGCACACACCUCUGCAAACCCACCACUUCACCCACAACAUGCCUCCACAGCACAAUACUAUGGGCUACAAUUAUGACUAGUAUCAAAGAGACAUUAUAGAACUCGCCAAUUGUUAUUUUAAUUUAUUUAUUGCGUUUGUUAAAUAUUAGGUAAAUUGUUUGUUCCUUUAUUUAUCGUGUUGCAUCCCAUUGGUUUACUGUCUAACUAUCAUAACACUGUUAUAACGAACUCAUAAAUAAUAGUAUAGUAGUAGUAGUAGUAUAAAUAGAUAGUAUAUAAUAAAUAGUAUAAAGAAAAUGACAAUAAAUAUUUGUUAAAUGUUGAUUUUCUGUCUAACAUAACACUGUUGUAACUAAUAAAUAGUAGUAUAGUAGUAGUAAUAGCAUAAAUAAGUAUAGUAUAUAAUAAAUAGUAUAAACAAGAUGAUAAUAAAUACUCUGUAAAUAUUGGUUUACUGUCUAACUAACAACACUGUUGUAACUAACUAAUAAAUAGUAUAAUAGCGUAAAUAAAUAAAUAGUAUAUUAUAAAUAGUAUAAACCAAUUGAUAAUAAAUAAAUAUCAAUGCAUAACAUUUUCAAAUCAUAUCCUCCUGCCAAUCAACGGAUCCUUCAGAGGAUUGAAAAUAUGCCUUCAGCAGGUCACGCUGGUCUUUAGCAGUGGUUGUGGCAUUCCGCGCCCUACUCAAUGCCACAGAGUAAAGAUCUCCACCUCUUCGCCAUGUUCCGGCAAUGACUCUGUGGUUCUCGUCCUCUCUGUCCACAAAGACUGGAGGCACGUAGGCCUCUGAUUUUUCCCUCAGGAAAUUGUGGAGGGCAAGGGCAGCAAGGGUGAUGCAAGUUAC